AUGGCUUUUCUUGUUCGAUGUUAUGCCAACUGUCUGCAACCGUGGGCCUCCAAACUGCCAGCUGAUCUUACCAAGAUGCAUCUUACCGACAAUCCUCAUCCUCAGGUGGCUCACGUCCCUUCAAGCCAGUCGGGAUGUAGCAUUGCCAGCGAUUCUGGGAGCAGCAGCCUAUCUGAUAUUUAUCAGGCUACAGAAAGUGAGAUGGGAGACGUUGAUUUAACAGGUCUUCCAGAAGCACCUGUAGACUCUGAAGAUGAAGAAGAGGAAGAGGAUGAAGAUAUUGACAGAACUUCAGAUCCGCUUCUAGGGCGAGAUGUUGUACGAGAGUGCCUUGAGAAAGAGCCUGCAGACAAAACUGAUGAUGAUAUUGAGCAAUUAUUGGAAUUUAUGCAUCAGCUCCCUGCCUUUGCAAACAUGACUAUGUCUGUGAGAAGAGAACUUUGCUCAGUGAUGAUAUUUGAAGUAGUAGAGCAAGCAGGAGCCAUCAUACUUGAAGACGGCCAAGAACUCGAUUCUUGGUAUGUUAUUUUAAAUGGCACAGUGGAAAUCAGCUAUCCUGAUGGGAAGAGUGAGAGUCUGUGUAUGGGAAAUAGUUUUGGGAUUACUCCUUCUCUGGACAAACAGUACAUGAAUGGAGUGGUCAGAACCAAAGUAGAUGAUUGUCAGUUCGUCUGUAUAGCACAGCAAGAUUACUGGAGGAUUCUGAAUCAUGUGGAAAAAAACACUCAUAAAGUGGAAGAAGAAGGAGAAAUUGUUAUGGUAAAGGAGCACAGGGAGCUGGAUCGCAGUGGAACCAGGAAAGGACACAUAGUUAUCAAGGCAACACCUGAGCGACUCAUCAUGCACUUAAUAGAAGAACAUUCUAUUGUGGAUCCAACCUACAUCGAAGAUUUCCUUUUAACAUACAGAACAUUUCUAACAAGCCCCCUGGAAGUUGGAAAUAAACUCUUGGAAUGGUUCACAGUGGACAGCCUCAGAGAUAAGGUUACCAGAGUGGUCUUACUGUGGGUGAACAAUCAUUUUAAUGACUUUGAAGGAGAUCCUGCUAUGACUCGAUUUCUGGAAGAAUUUGAAAAGAACUUGGAAGAUACGAAAAUGAAAGGACAUCUCAGAUUGCUGAAUAUUGCCUGUGCUGCCAAAGCAAAAUGGCGACAAAUCACCCUGCAAAAACCUUCUAGAGAUUCGCCACUGUUUUUCAGCCUCCUUGGGGGAAGCGACAAGGGUUUUGGUAUUUUUGUAGAGACUGUGGAAAUGGGCAGUAAAGCAGCAGAAGCUGGACUUAAGCGUGGUGAUCAGGUAAAAGGAAUAAAGUUCAUUUAAAAUAUUAAAUUAAAA